UAAGUUGGAGUUGUUGGUUGGUUCUGUGUUCUGUCGAAUUUAGGUUUAGGAUUAGGUUAAAUUACGGAAAAUGGCUGAGGAAGCUGCAGUCGAGAAUUUAGCAAUUUCAAGAUUCUUUUGUCACAAAUGCAACUUAGAAAUCGGCCGCGUCCAACCAGACUACACGUGUCCAACAUGUCAAAGUGGGUUCAUUGAAGCUCUUGAAAACCAACCGGAACCAAGCGAGGAAAGCGACAGCGAUAUGGAAGUUGUUCAGCCAUUUGAUCUACUCAAUGACAUGCUCAUCGGGCUCAGUGGUGGCUCUGGGGCGUACAGGAGGGGUAACCGAGGCCACAGGAACCGAGGCGAGCGCAGGAGGGGUGGGAGGGGCAGACAAGUUGUCCCAUUUGAAAAUCUGAUCCAAGACUUCAUCGUGAACCUGACAGAAGUCGGUCUUGGAGGGCUCGGUGUCACACCUAGGCCAAAUGGACCUGUUAAUUUUCAAGACUUCCUUUCUCCCAUCCUGACCAACCUGGCUCCAGAAGCAGUUGUCCAAGCUGUCUUUACCAGUGUUGACCCUGGUCUGUUCCUAGGUAACCCCGGUGACUAUGCGUGGGGAAGGGAGGGGCUUGACACCAUCGUCACUCAGCUGCUUAACCAGAUGGACGGCCAUGGACCACCACCUCUGGCCAGGGAAAAGAUCCAAGAAAUACCCACGGCUGUCAUCACUCAGGACCAAGUUGAUUCCAACCUUCAGUGCAGCGUUUGCUGGGAGGACUUCAAAGUAAGCGAGCCGGUUCGCAAACUUGUCUGCGAGCAUGUCUAUCACGAGCCAUGCAUCAUCCCAUGGCUUGAACUGCAUGGAACCUGCCCCAUCUGCCGCAUGACCCUAGGAGAGGAGGGAAGGUCCGAUGAAAAUGGAAGCUCAGUUUUUGAAUCCCAAAAUGUUGGUCCAGGCCUCGCUGCACUUCUCAGGGCCGCGGAGCAGGUAGACAGUGCCAGCCGAGCUUCCUCAACUUCCUCAAGCGACACAAGUAUUUCUGGAAACAGUUUUAAUUCAAACAAUAUGGAUAUUGACUACGACUAGAAAUGACAGAGACCAUCACCCUUGUAAAACAAAUUAACAGUUAAACUAUUGUACAGAAUGUUGUUAAAUACCUUGUUCUUGUUGCACAUUAUUGAGUCUUAUGUGUUUUAUCAUUAUAUUAAGCUGAAAUGGAAUAUUAUUUUUAAUCUGAUAUAUUUUAUAUUAAUCUUAAGUUUAAAGUGCUAGUCUGUGUAGGAUAUUGUUAAUAAGAUGUAAAGAAUGUAAAGGCAACUUUAAAGGGAAUUGUGAGACCUCGAUCACUGAGAACAUAAAAGAACUUGAAAUCGCUAAAUUUGAGACCGUGAGGAGAGAAGACAAGGCAUUCCUCGAUGUAUAAAUAUCUGGUGUAAUAUAAAAUGUUCUAUCCCCCUCUUCUCUUACUACUUGGUAGAUAGACGUUAUAGUUUCUCGUAUUACAUCUGUCUCUUUUUUUAACCGGUUAGAAAUAAAUUAAGGCACUAAAAUUAGGUGUUAACUGUAGUGCAAGUUAGUAGUUCAACUUUAAGUUGAAAUAAAAGUUAGGCUUCACAAAAUGUCUUCUAAUUUACUACCUUAUCUUACAUUUCUCAGCCAGAUAGUGGAGAGUAAAUUAAAGAAGUAAAUCCCAGAUAUCAAGACUUUGUAUGAUGUAGUUAACAUUUAAUUUUCAGACCUGAUCACUACGGUAUAAGAUAAUGCAAAUACAUAACAAAAUUUUUAAUUACAAAGUACACAAACUGUCAGGGCAUUCUUCCUGUUGAAGACAUUUUCAUUUACAGUAGACUCCAUCUUAUACGGACUCCUCAGGACCGAGGCCAGUCCAGACAACGGGUUUUCCGGUUAAACCGACGUCCCCAAAAACUUGUUAAACUGGACCGUUAAAGUGCAUGCUGUAUGUAUACAGUAUUUUACUUAAAUUUAGGAGAGCAUUGUCUUUAGACAUGUGAUGACUGGUCUCAACAGACAGAACAGUCGUUUCAGUACCGCCCACUUCCUGCCCAUCUUGUCCAGUUAAACCAAUGUGCUGAUAAAAAUUUUCCGGUUAAAGAGAUGUCAUUUCCACCGAGUUUAGUCCGGUUAAAAGGUGUCCGAAUAAGAGUGAUUCUACUGUAGGUCUUAAACUUUGGUAAAGGAAGAGAAUAUUAGUUAUUUCAAUGGCAUAACUACAAUUUUGUUAUCUAUCAAAUCUUUUACAAAAAUAUUUUGAAACAGAGUGUUUGAUUUAUUUAAUAAUACAUUUUAACUUUUUUUUAUGUUCCAUAAACAAAAUGUACCGUAUCAUGAAUAUAUCUUAUAACUUUUAUAUAAUCGCUACAACAGUUUUAAGCCCCUAUAAGUUUUAUCCUUUCAAAUCAGCAAUUCUCUGGAGUACUUAAAAAAAAGGCCAACGACUGUAGAUUUUGAAACCUAAUUGCUUUGUAAAAAUGUUCAUGCUUAAACUAAAAAUAAACUAUUUAUGUCCUUUU